AUGACCCGCCGUUUCCUGCGUGCGUCUAAUUCCAGCGCACUUUCGCAGGCCACCACCACCCAGCUCCCACAUCGACCUACCCAACCCCAAGAACCGACAGAUAAGCAUGCUGGUUCAAAACCUUCACCGGCCUCCCCAGAAUCCUAUGCCCAACCCUUCUGCGACUUCAUGACGGCCAAUCCAACCAUAUACCAUGCCGUUGCCAGCUUCUGCUCCCAGCUCGACGACCACGGUUUCACCCGCUUGUCAGAACGCGACGUCUGGUCCUCCAUCCUCAAACGCGGCGGGAAAUACUACUGCUCUCGUAACGGCAGCUCCUUGAUAGCCUUUACCAUCGGUUCCGACUAUGAGAGCGGCAAUGGCUUUGGAAUCGUUGCGGGGCACGUUGAUGCCUUGUGCGCGAAACUGAAACCUGUUUCCAAACUGGGGAACAAGGCGGGCUUUGUGCAGUUGGGCGUUGCGCCGUAUGCAGGCUCGUUGAGCUCGACAUGGUGGGAUCGUGAUUUGGGGAUUGGCGGGCGCGUUCUUGUUCGCGAUGCACAGAAUGGUGUAGUGGAGUCGAGGCUGGUGAAGUUGGACUGGCCCAUUGCGAGAAUCCCGACGCUUGCCGUGCACUUUGGGACACCAUCCCAGGGCCCCUUUAAUAAGGAGACGCAGGCGGUGCCAAUUAUUGGGGUGGAUAAUUCUGAUCUAUUUGGGAACCAGCAGGGUGGUGCCCAUGUAGAUGACGGGAUUAAACAAGGCACUUUUGCGGCAACUCAGCCGCCGAAACUGAUCAAAGCUAUUGCUAAGCAGUUGGGCGUUUCUGAUUUAAGCACCAUCGUCAACUGGGAGCUUGAGUUAUUCGAUACCCAAGCCGCCCAGGUUGGCGGGCUAGAUAAAGAGUUCAUAUUCGCUGGCCGCAUUGAUGACAAACUGUGUUGCUAUAGUGCCCAGGAGGCACUUUUAGCUUCCCCAGCCAGUGCAUCCUCUGGAAUCGUCAAGAUGGUGGGCAUGUUUGACGCAGAGGAAAUAGGUAGUCUGCUGCGCCAGGGUGCUCGGUCAAACUACAUGAGUAGCGUCAUGGAGCGGAUCACAGAAGCGUUCGCACCCUCAUACGGCCCCAAUGUGCUCUCACAGACAGUUGCAAAUAGCUUUCUUCUUUCCUCUGACGUUAUCCACGCUGUGAACCCCAACUUCCUAAAUGUCUACUUGGAAAACCACGCUCCAAGAUUGAACGUCGGUGUCGCCAUAUCUGCCGAUCCCAACGGACACAUGGCCACCGAUGGCGUCAGCACGGCUAUUUUACAACGGGUUGCUGAUAAGUGUGGUUCUACUUUGCAAGUGUUUCAGAUUCGCAAUGACAGCCGCAGCGGAGGAACGAUUGGGCCUAUGACGAGCGCCCGGAUUGGAAUAAGAGCGAUUGAUGCUGGUAUUCCUCAGCUGAGUAUGCACAGCAUCCGUGCAACGACAGGGAACUUGGACCCUGGGCUGGGGGUCAAGCUGUUUAAGGGAUUCUUCGAUCAUUUUGAGGAAGUGGAUCGGGAGUUUCAAGACUUUUAA